AACGUGAUCUUUUUGUUCUCUAGUGGCUUGCUGGCUAUUAUUUGAAAUGACCAAGACUCUUUUGUAAGUGGAUAGAUAGAUAUACAGUAGCCUAGUUUAUGUAUACAGUAUAGCCGUUUAUUUAGGGCUAUAAAAAAAUAGUGUGAGCAACCAUGAGUAAAAGGAAAGCUCCACAAGAAUCGUUAAACGAAGGAAUCACAGACUUUCUCAUAGAGUUGGCCAAUUAUGAGCGUAAUGUGAACAGGGCAAUCCACAAAUACAAUGCAUACAGGAAAGCUGCCUCGGUAAUCGCUAAAUAUCCUGAGAAGAUCAAAAAUGGUACAGAGGCAAAGAAACUGGAUGGCGUAGGAGCUAAGAUCGCAGAGAAGAUCGAUGAGUUCCUAACCACAGGAAAACUGAGGAAGAUCGAGAAGAUUCGAAACGAUGACACCAGCUCCUCCAUCACCUUCCUGACCAGAGUUACAGGCAUCGGACCUGCAGCUGCUCGAAAGUUUUUUGAAGAUGGGGUGAAGACAUUGGACGAUUUGAAGAAGAUUGAGCACAAACUCAAUCACCAUCAGCAGAUUGGACUCAAGUAUUUUGAGGAUUUCGAGAAGAGGAUUCCCCGUGCUGAGAUGGAGAAGAUGGAGGCCCUGAUUCUGGCUGAGCUGGAGACGCUGGACCCUGAGUACAUCGGCACCAUCUGCGGAAGCUACAGGAGAGGAGCGGCAUCCAGUGGUGAUAUUGAUAUCCUGCUGACCCACCCUGACUUCACCUCUGAGUCCGAAAAACAGCCCAAGCUGCUGCAUGCUGUGGUGGAACACUUGGAGUCAGCCGGCUUCAUCACCGAAACUCUGUCCAAAGGAGACACCAAAUUCAUGGGUGUGUGUCAGCUCGCUCCAGGUGAGGAAGAGGAGGAGGAAGAGCAUUUUCAUCGGCGGAUUGAUAUCAGGUUAAUCCCUAAGGAUCAGUACUACUGUGGAGUGCUGUACUUCACUGGCAGUGACAUCUUCAACAAGAACAUGAGGACCCACGCCCUGGAGAAGGGCUUCACUCUCAACGAGUACACCAUCCGACCACUGGGGGUCACCGGGAUGGCCGGGGAGCCUCUUCCGGUCGACAGUGAGAAAGACAUCUUCGACUACAUCCAGUGGAAAUACCGAGAGCCCAAAGAACGCAGCGAGUGAGACGAAAAUGAGACGUAUCCUGGAACUCCCUGUUGGUCCUCGUCACAUCGUCUUUUGGUCUCCAGUUUUUAAGAUGUUCAUUUAAAGUGCGUCCACUGCUAGUUUGUGCCAGUGCGCGAACCUUUUCAUGUUCGCGGUGAUUUUGUGGCGGACUGUAACCCAGCGCACUACUCGCCAAGCAACGCCUGUGCUUAUUCAACAUGGCAGUUCCCAAAUACGAUAUGUAAGGGUUUGGCGGGUUUAAUCUACAGAUUCGCUCGUUUGUCAGUGCACUCGAGCACACCAAAAGGUCAUUAAUAACGUGAGCUUCAUGCAUUGUCCCAGGCAGUUUACAAGGGUUUCUGAAGAUUACCAUGGCGAUGGAAUUCAGGAACCUUUAACAUAAAAUCAGCAAUUUGGAAGCCAAUACAACCGUGGUACGAGAGCCUGGAAUGUUUGCCGACAGAUUGUGGGCCUCUGUCCUCAACAGUUUCAACAGUUUCAACAUUCCUCACAGGGAUGUUUUAAUUUUUUUUUCAUUUUAAUGUAUUGCUUUUCAUUUUAGUUUUAGAUGUAUUGCUUUCAUACUCAGAGCUGUGUAUUUGGUAUUGUGUGUAUUACAUAGCAAAAUAUAAUAGCCUAUAGUAAAUUCAAAGAGAUGAAAUGGACUUGUACUAAUUCCAUAUAGAAAAAAAUAAAUGAAACUAUUUGCAA